UGCGCGGGCGGCACGAGGCCGGGGGCAGGUACCCUUGCUGGUUCUUUCGCUUCUUCUUCCGCCCUCCAGCGCCUGGUCGGAUCGGGUUCGGUGGGGAGAGCGGCGUGGAGGACUUGGCAACUCACAUCGAGCACCUGAAAAAAACACCUUGGAUGUUGUUUCUUAGGCCUUUAAGGUAUUUAAACAGCAGUGAAUACCUGCUGAGCGUGUCGUGGGCUGUUACUGGAAGGUUUCUGAGCCUCUGAAUCUCAACCAUGCUGUCAAACAGCUUGCAAAAUUUCCUAAAAAUUACCAACCCUCAUCUAAUACGUGCAAGAUUAUGCCAGCCAUUGAUAAGCGAAAGGAGAUUUUUCGGAACUGUGCAAACACCCAGAUUGCGUAGGCGGGUUGUCAUUACAGGCAUUGGCUUAGUGACUCCUCUUGGUGUUGGAACUCAGCUGGUGUGGGAUCGUCUUAUCCAGGGAGAGAGUGGAAUCGUUUCACUGGUUGGUGAAGAGUAUAAGGGUAUCCCUUGCAGUGUUGCUGCUUAUGUGCCAAGAGGUUGUGAUGAAGGUCAGUUCAAUGAACAAAACUUUGUGCCCAAAUCAGAUGGCAAGUCCAUGUCUCCUCCCACCAUUAUGGCCAUUGGGGCUGCAGAGUUAGCCUUGAAAGAUUCCCGCUGGCGUCCUCUGUCAGAAGCUGAUCAAGUGGCUACCGGUGUUGCAAUUGGCAUGGGAAUGGUUCCUCUUGAAGUUAUUUCCGAAACUGCUUUGAUGUUUCAGACCAAAGGUUACAAUAAAGUCAGCCCGUUCUUUGUCCCUAAGAUUCUGGUCAAUAUGGCAGCAGGCCAGGUCAGCAUUCGAUAUCAACUCAAGGGCCCCAAUCAUGCAGUGUCCACAGCCUGUACCACAGGAGCUCAUGCCGUGGGAGACUCUUUUCGGUUUAUAGCCCAUGGUGAUGCUGAUGUGAUGGUGGCAGGAGGUACAGAUUCUUGCAUCAGCCCUUUGUCACUUGCUGGGUUUUCCAGAGCCCGGGCUCUGAGCACAAACUCUGAUCCUAAGUCGGCGUGUCGACCAUUUCAUCCCAAGAGAGAUGGUUUUGUAAUGGGAGAAGGUGCAGCUGUGCUGGUGCUGGAAGAACACGAGCAUGCUGUUCAAAGAGGGGCCCGCAUCUAUGCAGAGAUUUUGGGCUACGGACUCUCAGGUGAUGCCGGUCACAUAACCGCCCCCAAUCCUGGAGGAGAAGGUGCCUUAAGAUGUAUGGCUGCUGCUGUAAAAGAUGCAGGUAUACAACCUGAAGAGAUAUCCUAUAUCAAUGCACAUGCUACUUCCACACCGUUGGGAGAUGCUGCUGAAAACAAAGCCAUCAAACAUCUUUUCAAAGACCGCGCACACGCCCUUGCUGUUUCCUCCACCAAGGGAGCCACAGGACACCUGCUGGGGGCGGCUGGGGCCGUUGAGGCAGCUUUUACCACCCUGGCUUGUUAUCAUCAAAAACUGCCACCUACUUUAAACCUGGACUGUACAGAACCAGAAUUUGAUCUCAAUUAUGUACCACUCAAGGCACAGGAAUGGAAAACUGAGAAAAGAUGUAUUGGACUCACCAAUUCCUUUGGUUUCGGUGGUACUAAUGCAUCGCUUUGUAUUGCUGGCAUGUAAGACAAAUCAUUUGUAAUUAAAUAUUGAUUUUUUAAAUGUUA